CUGUCCCGAGAAAGAGGACGAGGAGUGCUCUGCUGUACUUCUCUGGACUCAAUGGACUCUCUCUUUGUUGCUGUGUGUAGUUAUUAGUACAGCGGACACGGUCUGUGGCGCAAACAAGUUUAUUUUCUAAGAAGUUACAAAUAACUGGAUGUGGACUCCAACGCCUGGACUUUAUUCAGACCGCUAACCUCUCCGGUCUGAGCGCUGCUAGCGAAAAGCGUCGGAUUUAAUUUGCUUUUCAUUUUAUCGAAAGGAACAUGAGGGAAGAACGUGAGUUCCGAUAUGUCUUCUCACACAACUCCUCGGACUACGUUAUUAACGUUGUUUACAAGAGGAGACAAGGGGGGAAGUGACACUCUGCUAGGACAAUAAGAAGCAUAAAGACGUAAAGGAUCUGUUACAUCCAUACACCUUGUGGCGCUCCUGCUUUUUCUUAUCGUUUCUGGAUUUAAUUGGGAACAGAUCACUUGGCUUUUGACCUGUCUGUCUUUUCGAGGAAAUCCCCGAUGCAUUCUCUUGCCCCCUCUCAACAUGCUGGCUCUGAGGCUGGAGCAGGGCAGGCGAGGGGGUGGUGAAGUCGAUCGCCUGCAGAAAGGGGACGCUGUGGCUCGGCAGGGCCGCCAGUCAGGGAGGCCCCCUUCUUGCGAGCAGGGCAGCAACAUCAGGGACAAGAUCUCCCAGUGGGAAGGUCGCAGCCAGGAUGCCGGGGCGAGAGCACAUCCUCCGACCGUAUCCAGAACUCUGUCUGGAGAGCUGCUGGGCAACGGAUGUCCCAAUGAGGCAUCAAGAGGGGGGCCUUACCUCUCCAAAUCUAUGACCUUGGGCUUAGAUUUUCGAGCAUCCCCAGCACAGGCUGGAUAUGGUGUGGUUGGUAGGAAGUCAGAACCUCUGCAGAAAUGUUCCACUGAAUCUCCCACCACAUCCCCAGGAAUUAAACCACUUGCAGCGCAAAUGUUUGCGUCUCCCAAAGUGGAGACCGUCGCCGCUAACCCCGCAGGUAAACGGCUCUUCACCGCCAACAGCGACCAAAAAACGUAUCGCAUCUUGGAUGUUGAAGUAGUUUCUAAACAUCUACCUCUGUCGACUGAUGACCAAGAAGACAACAUGCCUGCUGGGAACUUCUACACUUCACGGGGUUUCUGGCGUAAGCUGGAGGGGGACCAACUGCUCUGGGAGAAAGGCAGGGGGUCCUCAGUUGAAGCUCAGCCUCCUCCCAAGCCUCUGCGGACAUUCCAGUAUGUGGGAGCCAACAGCAACAACGUGGGGCGGGACAGCAGAUCCCCUCAUAACAGCCACUCCGACGUGAGGAGCAGUAGGGUAGCCCACCCACCUACGUUCCCACCUCCUCCCUGUCCUGUAGCUAAGACGAAUGGGCUUUCAAGGCAUAAAAAGAACAGGAAGUCCUUUGAGUACGAGGAUGCGGCGCGUCUGACGGCGAAGCGAGGCACGCUGAGAGGCGAGGACGGCCUCUGCCACGCCUACUCCGACGACAACAUUUACGAGGACAUCGUUUUGACCAGAGAUACCCCCUAUGAGGAUGUCAAGCCAUCUCCCAUGUGUCUCCCUAUCGGAAGGCCAAAGCUGCCGCCUAAACCUCAAACGCUGCAAGGCUACGCUAGCAAAGUGGAGAGGAAGAGGUUUCAAACAUCCACACCAUCCAAAUCCUCAACACUUGCAGAUAUUCCCAAACCAGCUACACCGCGGCGCGCAAGCACGCAAACAACACAGAGGACGCCUCAGUAUGUCAACAAGAUCGAGACCAUCUUUGAUGACAAGCGAGGGAGGAAGAGGGUAAAGAACCAGGGAGUCCCAGUGCGAGAGGAGACCAGUGGGACAGAGAGUGACCCCGAGGACAACACCAAAGGCUCCAGGAGAUCAGUUUACAUCCAGUCUACACUGAAACGUCGGCCAGGUUACCGCACCCUGGAGAGAGACCUGAUCCAGCUGCAGCAGCAGCAGCUAUUCCAGAUCUUUGUGGUGGUGUCGCUGAGAAAAGGCUCCCCGGAAAACACCUACGCCCCUGAAAUCACGCAGCAGUUCCCCAAACUGUUUGAGAAGUCGUCCCGGCUCUCCAAAGAGGCAGAGGACCAGCUGAAGGUCAUCCCCAAGUUCUGCUUCCCCGACACGGAGGACUGGAAGCCCUCCGCACACAUGCCCAGUGAGACCUUCUCCUUUGUCCUCACCGGAGAGGACGGCAGCCGCAUGUUCUGUUACUGCUGUAAGAUCUUGCCCAUUGGAAAAGGGAAGAGGCUUCCUGAGGUGCACUGUAUUGUCAGCAAACUGGGCUGUUUCAACCUCUUUGCAAAGAUUUUGGAGGAGGUCGAGAGGCGCAGGGAGAUCUCCCCGGCGCUGGUUUACCCUUUUAUGCGCAGUGUGAUGGAGGCCCCUUUUCCAGCCCCUGGACGCACAGUCACCAUCAAGAGCUUCAUCCCUGGCACUGGGAAUGAGGUACUGACUUUGUGUCGACCAGUGGACUCCAGGCUGGAGCACGUGGACUUUGACAGUCUGCUGCAGUGUCUCAGUGUCGGGAACCUCCUGCAGGUGUUUGCCUCCCUUCUGCUCGAGAGGCGGGUCAUCUUCAUCGCUGACAAACUCAGUGUGUUGUCUCGGUGCAGCCAUGCAGUGCUGGCGCUGCUGUACCCCUUCACCUGGCAGCACACCUUCGUGCCUGUGCUACCGGCCAGCAUGCUGGACAUCAGCUGCUCCCCCACCCCCUUCCUCAUUGGGGUGCUGGCCCCUUGCCUGCCACAGCUGCUGGAGCUGCCCAUCGAGGAGGUGCUCAUAGUGGAUCUGUGUGCAGACAAGUUUGUCAUUCAGCUGGGCGAUGAAGACUGCAUCCUGCCUAGUAAACUGCAGGCAGCGCUGCAGCAGAUCCUGGAGGACAGGGAGGAUAUCCUGAGACAGGAGGAUGGAGACAGAUGUGGAGAUCAGCCGGCUGACCUGAGCUCUCUGGUGUCGGAGGGUUUUGUGCGGUUCUUCGUGGAGUUGGUGGGCCACUAUCCCCUCCACAUGGUCGAGUCCUCCAACGGAACGAGGGAGGUCCAGCGCGACAGCUUCCGCAAAUCUCACCCCUCCCGCGGAGUCCGCCAGUUCCUGCAGCUCUUCAUGGAUACUCAGAUGUUUGCCGGCUUCAUUCAGGACAAAGAGCUGCGCAAGGGAGGAGCGAGAGGUCUCUUUGAGGCCAGAGUGGCCGCGUAUCUGGAUUCUUACCCUGAGGCGGAGCCAAGAGGUGUGAACAAAUUUCUUAAAGGACUGGGAAACAAGAUGAAGCUCCUACAAAUGAAAUGAACACCGACCAACACCGUGGCCUUUAAAUGAAAUACUAUGUAAUUACAAACGGAACACUUGUUGGUGCUGGACUUGCUGAGGAGUUGAAUGUGGACGGGAGUCUUGUCUCUGGAGGUGAAUGGGACGGUGGAGAGUGUUGGUGUGAGAGGACCAGGUUUAUCUUAUAGCCACGUAUGCAUGUCGGAGAGCAGCGCACUUUUUAUCGUACGGAAACUGGAAAGACUAUUUCUCUUCGAGAAUAGUUCUUUGAAACCUUGAGGACGAGGCACUGUGUCUUUUGGAAAACUACAAAAAAAAAAUUCCGGCGACCUAACCUCAGUUAUCAGCCUGAACGUGCGGGGUGGUAACUAUUUUAUUUUCUUUGACUGGAAACGUUUGUCACGUAGAUUCAGCUCUUCUACACAAUGUGUGCAUUUUACAGUGAACGCAACACGUAAAUGUUAAAUUUCAAUCUUGUAAGUACUUUACACUUGAAAGCAAUCUGUACCUGAUGCAUGUUUCUAUACAUUUAAAUGUGAUUCCAUUACCUACGUUGCGUUCCCUUCAGCACAAACUGUACACAAACCUUUUAUUUGCUAUGUUUUUAUUUGUCUGCAUUUCAGAUCCAGUAGGUUUGUUAACUCUGAUCAGAACAUUUCAAAGUGUGCAGGUUAAAUCUCAUCAAUCAAAAUUAGUAUUAACAUUUACACACAGAAAUUAGCUUUGUUCUUCCGUCAUUGACUUUCUCCCUUUUUUUUUUAACUGGAGUUGUAAAUAUGUUUUUUAGAUUUUGCACAAUGUUGAGAACCAGUGUACAGUAUUUGGAAUAUUUUUGUAUAAAAGCAUGAUGUGUCCUGAAUGGAAUAAAUGGUUUCCCAAG